AUGUUGUUUCGCACUGUUGCACUUCUUCUGGGCCUGGGGGCCGUCUCAGAUGCUCUCAGCACUCGUCAAGCCGGCGAUGAAUAUGACUACAUCGUCAUAGGCUCUGGACCUGGAGGAGGAACCGUCGCCUCCAAUGUGGCCAGGGCUGGCUAUUCCGUUCUCCUGCUCGAGGCUGGCGACAAUGCGGCAGAAGAACCCUUUGGCAACUACCCGGCAUCAUCAACAUGGGACUUCUUCGUGAAGCACCACGAAGAGGAGGCCAAGACGAUGAAAUUCAGGUUCCUCACCUGGAAAACGACGGCUGGGCAGUACUGGGUCGGGAACACAGGCCAGCCAUCGGGCGCGAAACUGCUCGGUGUCUACUACCCUCGCGGUGCUACUGUCGGCGGCUCGUCCAUGAUCAACGCGAUGGUGACCUACCUGCCUCCUGACAGCGACUGGAACUACAUUGCCAACUUGACUGGGGAUACUUCAUGGAGUGGCUCCUCCAUGAGGACCCUCUUCCAGAAUAUCGAGAAGAACAACUACCUCACCAAGGGAACAGCAGGCCAUGGCUUCGACGGCUGGUUCCAGACCAACAUGCAGGCUGGCUUUGCCCAGGACCUGGCACUAUCGCGUGCAGAAGCAGCCGCACUCGGAAAAGACGCAAGCCAGGUGCAGACCAUGAUCAAUGCCGACCCGAACUUCCUUGCCGCCGACCGUGACACGCAAGUUGGGAUCUGGGGGCUUGCGAUGCACCAGAACGGCCAGGGCCAACGCUUCAGCUCUCGCACUCGUGUACAAGAAACCUUGAACAACAAACAGUGGCCUCUGACGCUCCGCACAAACGCCCUGGCUACCAAGAUCCUCUUCGACACCAAUUCCACCAGCUGCGGCGGCGUUCCCAAGGCGACGGGGGUGGAGUAUCUCACCGGUCAGUCCGUCUACAAGGCUGACCCGCGGAACAGCGGCGCUGCCGGGACCAAGGCUACCGCGCGCGCCCGCAAGGAGGUCAUCGUGGCGGGCGGGACGUUCAACACCCCACAGCUCUUGCAACUCUCCGGCAUUGGGCCAGCCUCGCUGCUCGACUCGCUCAAGAUCCCCGUGCUCGUCGACUCUCCCGGCGUCGGCGCGAACCUGCAGGACAAUCAGGAAAUGCCCGUUGUCGGGGUCUCCAAGAAUGGUCAGGGGUCCGGCGCAGGCUACACCUUCAUCAAGACCAACCACUCGGUGACCGGCGAGCGCGACCUCUGGAUGAUGCACGGCGGCCCCUUCCGCGGCUUCUGGCCACCCUCCACGCGCCUGAGCAACCGCCCCGGCCCGCAGGACGCAGCCGGCACCCUAAGCAUGAGCAUGGUCAAGCAGCACGUCGCCAACCGCGCCGGGAGCGUCAAGAUCACCAGCACCGACCCCAGGGACCCGCCCGAGAUCAACUUCCGCCUGUACACGCAGGGCCGCGAGACGGACAUGGGCGCCGUCAAGGACUUUGUCGCGUGGGCCCGGCGCGUCCACAAUGCGACCGCGGCGCCCGUGGGGCCCAUCUCGACCAUCGAGCCGCCCUGCCCCAACGCCCAGGACGCGGACGGGAGCUGUGGCCAGGCGGACGAGGACUGGAUCGAGGGGCAGACGUUUGGGCACCACUGCACCAGCACGGCGGCCAUCGGGGCCGAGGGAGACGCGAACGCCGUGCUUGACUCCAAGUUUAGGGUCAGGGGCGUCAGCGGGCUGAGGGUUGCUGAUGCUAGCGUGUUCCCCAAGAUCCCCGGCAUCUUCCCUGCUGUGGCGACGUUCAUGGUUGGGCAGAAGGCUGGCGAGGCUGUGAUUGCGGAUGCUACUGGCGGCCAGUGCUGA